UCCUGACUCACCCUCCCUGCCUGCCUUUUCCAUUCAGACGGAGCGGCUGCCUUGCCGGGCUCACGCCGCCACGCUCAGAGGAGGGCACGGAAGGAAAAGUUGGAAAAGUUGAAAAGGGAAAGGGGGGGGUGGUCGGAGAGGGGCUGGUGAGGUCAUUGGCGUCCCCUCCCUCCACCUCCACGGGCCUGAGCAGACACUCAGGCUCAGGCGCUGGGGCCCGACUGUGGGUGGGGGUCCAGCUGGACCAGGACUGGCAGACAGGGAUGGGGAGGCAGGAGAAUGGAAAGGCGGAGCGAGGCCGUACCGGAGAGAGGAUAGGGGCCUGGAGAGAUGGAGGCAGGAGGAAAAGGAGAGACACACACAGAGUGAGGGAGACACAGACAGAGUCAGGGAGAUGGAAAUACGCAGAGAUGGAGGCAGCCAGGGAGACACACCAGAGAAGCAGACAGGAGCACAGGGCCCGCCCUGCAGACAUAGGGAGAGGUUCUGGGAGUCAGAGAUCAGAGCGCGAUGAAGACAGCGGAGGGACUUGGGGGAGACCCAGGGAGACGCCGAGGGGAAAGGAACACAAACACCAAGCCUCUGAGAGAGAGGACGCAGCCACCAAAGAAAGGCACCAGGUGAACAGAGACAUGGGACAGAGAGGCCCCAGGGACAGAGAUGGAGAGAUAGAUAUUAGAGAGACAGAGAUGCUGAGACGUUCAGGACUCAGCAGUGGGGGCAGACAGUAAAAGCUUUCCUCGUUUUGGUUUUUUUGAGACAGAGUCUCACUCUGUUGCCCAGGCUGGGGUCCAGUGGAAUGAUCUCUGCUCCCUACAACCUCCACGUCCUGAGUUCAAGUGAUUCUCCUGCCUCAGCCUCCUGAGUAGCUGGGACUACAGGUGCCCACCACCACACCCGGCUCAUUUUGUAUUUUUAGUAGAGAUGGGGUUUUGCCAUGUUGCCCAGGCUGGUCUCCAACUCCUGAGCUCAGGUCAUCCGCCUGUCUUGGCGUCCCAAAGUGCUGGGUUACAGGUGCGAGCCACCGCAGCUGCCAGAAAAGCCUUUCUCAGAGGGGCAGGUGGAGCCAGGAAGAAGGGAGAGAGAGGGAGACUGGGGACCUAGAGAAAGAGGCGCUGAGACACUCCAUACAGGCGGGACCUCGAUUCGAGACUCUCCCCGUCUGUGCCUCAGUUUCCUCAUCUGUGAAGGGGGGAAAUGAGCACCCCCAUCCCCCUAAAGGCCCCGAUGAGGUUAAAGUGGGCGCAUUCACGUGAGGCACGAGGUCGGCGCUCCGUCAGCGCUAACCGUCAUUAUUCUCCUCGUUCAUUUUAUGAACACAUCAGGGACACAGAGAAAAAGAUGUUGCCUUUGAGAGGACCGGGGCGAUGAGGGAGAGGCGGGACCAAGAUGGGGCAAGGUGGGAUGGCGGGGACACUGAGACCACAUCCCAGAGCCCUGGACGCCGAUGCACAGGGGUGGAGGUGGCAGAGGUGUGCACAGGGAGGGGACCCACAGGCCGGGGCGGAGGCAGCCAUGCCCACCGGGGCACACAGUGGGCUAGCACCAGGUAUGGGGCAGAGGAGACCUGGGAUUCACAGCAGAGCAAGUGAGGGGCAGAGACGCCAAACCACGUCUUCAAGAGCCCCCAGACCUAGAUGGGAGGGAAGGACAGGAUCGGACUGAGAGCUCAGAGGUGGUGGGGGACUCUGAGGCUCCGUGCAGACCUCCUUAUGCCAGCCUCCGAGACGGUGCCCGGCUGUUGGUGGGCUCCCCCUCCCACUCCAGCACCACUGGAGGGGCAACUGCUCAGGUCCCCAAGGAGGUGAGGUCACAGCCCCCCCAUGGUGGGAAUGACCUCAUCGCUCAGGGCCCCCUCUAACCUGUGUCAUCUCUGACGGAGGCAGCCCGGGCCCACUCAGCACCCACCAGGAUGUUUACAGGAGAGAUGGACGGGAAUGCAAUCCAGGGAUUCUUCUAUCCAUGGAGCUGUGAGGGUGAUGUGUGGGAUCGGGAGAGCUGUGGGGGCCAGGCGGCCAUCGAGAGCCCCAACCUCUGCUUGCGCCUACGGUGCUGCUAUCGCGAUGGGGUCUGCUACUACCAGCGUCCAGAUGAAAACAUGCGGAGGAAGCACAUGUGGGUGCUGGGCUGGACGUGCGGCGGCCUCCUCUUCUUGAGCUGCAGCAUCUGCUUGUUCUGGUGGGCCAGGCGCCGGGACCUGCUGCACACUCCCAGGUUCCUGGCGGGUAGGUGUGACCUGUCCCGGAGGGUCUCGCUGCUCUCCAAGGAACGAGGGAGCAAGAAGAGAUCUGCCGGGUUCUCCAUGGUCAAAGAGGGCAAGGACACGGAGGGGGGCACCGAGGGGGAAGAGACAGAAGAGGACGAGGAGACGGAGGGCAUGGAAGAUGAAGAUUAGGGGUGUCCCCAGGGGAGAGCUCAAUACAGAUACGGUGUGUGGACGUGUGGUCUCUUCUCUGAGAG